AUGGUUAUCUCAACGAACCUAGGUUUCCCUCGUAUGGGCGCUAACCGUGAAUUGAAACGCCUUGUUGAAAACUUUUGGUCUGGAAAAGUUGAUGAAAAUGCUCUUCUUAGUGGUUCAAAGAAAAUUCGUGAAGAACAUUGGUCACUCCAAAAUAAAGCUGGUCUUGAACACAUUCCCUCUAAUGAUUUCUCCUUUUAUGACCAAGUGGUUGACCACUCUUAUGCUUUUGGUGUCAUUCCUGCUCGUUACAAGAACCUUCACCCCGGUCUUGAAACCUACUUUGCCAUGUGUAGAGGUCUUCAAAAAGCUGAAGUUGACGUUCCUGCUUGUGAAAUGAAGAAAUGGUUCGACACUAAUUACCAUUACAUUGUCCCUGAAUUUGAACCAAAUCAACAAUUCACUCUCAACCCUGCUAAAAUACUCGACGAGUUUAAAGAAGCGAAAGACAUCGGUAUUCAAACUCGGCCUGUCAUUUUGGGUCCGAUCUCUUAUCUACUACUUGGAAAGCCUAUAAGGGGUGCCCCUCAUGAGUUUGAACCAAUUCAGUUAUUGAGCAAGCUUCUUCCUUUAUAUGAAGAAUUAUUAUCUAAAUUGGCUGGUGCUGGAGCUACAUGGAUUCAAAUUGAUGAACCAUUUCUAGUAACUGAUCUGUCUUCCAACCUUAAGAAAGAGUAUUCUUCUGCUUAUAAUGCACUUACUAAAGUGUCUCCUCAACUAAAAAUUUUGAUUGCAACAUAUUUCGAACGUAUCGGUACCAAUAUUGACUUCGUAAUCAAUACUCCCAUAAGUGCAAUUCACAUUGAUCUAGUUCGCGCUCCUGGUCAAUUGGAAACAAUUUUGAAAAGCAUACCUUCGACAGUUUCCUUAUCUCUUGGUCUGAUCAAUGGGCGUAAUAUUUGGAAAGCCAAUUUUGAUGCUGCUUUGACCACAGCUCAGAAAGCUAUUGAUACUCUUGGUUCUGAACGUGUUUUUAUUGCACCAUCUUGUUCUCUUUUACACACUCCUCAUUCUGUUCAAGCCGAGAAGAAAAUUGAUCCUGAAAUUUUGGAUUGGUUAUCUUUUGCUACUGAAAAGAUUAAGGAAAUAGUAACUAUUUCAAAAGUAUUGAAUGAUGGUAACCAAUCUGUUCAGAGCGAGAUUGAUGCUAACCGCAAAUCAGUUCAAAAUCGAAAAACGUCACCUCGUAUUCAUAAUGCCGUUGUGCAAGAGAAAAUGAAAACUCUCAAUCCUGAUAUGUUUAAGCGUAAAUUACCUUUUCGUGAAAGACAAAAACAGCAACAAAAAUUAGGUCUUCCUUCCUUUCCAACAACCACUGUCGGAUCUUUUCCUCAAACAAAAGAAGUCCGUGCAGUCCGUGCUAAGCUCAAGAAAGGUGAAAUAGAUCAAGCCGGGUAUGAUGAUUUCGUCAAUAAAGAAAUUGAAAAAUGUAUUCGUUUUCAAGAAAAAAUUGGCAUAGAUGUUCUUGUACAUGGAGAGUUCGAACGUAAUGACAUGGUUGAAUUCUUUGGUGAAAAUCUAGAGGGCUAUGUUUUCAGUGGAAAUGGCUGGGUUCAAUCUUACGGAUCACGUUGCAUCAAACCACCCAUCAUUUUUGGAGAUGUUUUCAGACCAAAACCUAUGACUGUAGAUGUUAUUAAAUAUGCUCAAUCCCUAACUAAGAAGCCUUUGAAAGGUAUGUUAACUGGUCCGGUUACUAUGCUCCAAUGGUCAUUUGUUCGUGAUGAUCAGCCCCGUAAAGACACUACGUUCCAAUUGGCUCUUGCCAUUCGAGAAGAAGUACAUGAUCUAGAAGCUGCUGGUAUUUCUGUUAUUCAGAUUGAUGAACCUGCUAUCCGUGAAGGAUUACCUCUCCGUAAAGAAGAUUGGAAUGAAUAUCUCAACUGGGCAGUUGAUGCCUUCCUUCUUUCUAGUACUGGCGUUGAUUCUUCCACCCAAAUUCAUACUCAUAUGUGCUAUUCCGACUUCAACGACAUCAUUGAAUCGAUUCAGCGUAUGGAUGCCGACGUAAUUACUAUUGAAAAUUCUAGAUCAGACUUAAAACUCCUAAACGCAUUUGAGAAACAUGAAUAUACAAAUGAAAUUGGUCCAGGCCUUUAUGAUAUACACUCUCCUCGUGUUCCUUCAAAAGAAGAAUUGAAGGCUCGUCUACAAGAAAUCCUUAAAUAUAUUUCUAAGGAUCUAAUUUGGGUUAAUCCUGAUUGUGGCUUGAAGACUCGUGGAUGGGCUGAGGUUGAAUCAGCACUGAAGAACAUGACCGAUGUUGCAAAAGAAUUCCGUUCAAUUGAAGCUAAAUAG